AUGGAUUCAAAAGAGAAAUUGAAGGAGGGGGAGAAGUGCUUAGAUCCUCAGCUAUGGCAUGCCUGUGCUGGAGGCAUGGUUCAAAUGCCUCCAGUGAAUGCCAAGGUCUUCUACUUCCCUCAGGGCCAUGCUGAGCAUGCCUGUGGACCUGUUGAUUUCAGGAACUGCCCGAGGGUUCCUCCAUACAUCUUCUGCAGGGUCUCUGCUAUUAAGUUCAUGGCUGAUCCUGAGACUGAUGAGGUUUAUGCAAAAAUUAGGUUGGUUCCUUCGAGUGCUAGUGAGGCUGGGUAUGAGGAUGAUGGAAUUGGAGGGCUUAAUGGGUCUGAAACACCGGAUAAACCCGCCUCAUUUGCAAAGACGCUGACGCAAUCCGAUGCAAACAAUGGCGGCGGCUUCUCUGUCCCGAGAUAUUGUGCAGAAACCAUCUUCCCGCGAUUGGAUUACUCCGCAGAUCCCCCUGUUCAGACAAUCCUGGCUAAGGAUGUUCAUGGUGAAACUUGGAAGUUUAGGCACAUUUACAGGGGGACCCCUAGGAGGCAUCUGUUGACCACGGGGUGGAGUACUUUUGUGAACCAUAAGAAGCUUGUUGCAGGGGAUUCAAUUGUGUUUUUGAGGGCAGAGAAUGGUGAUCUUUGUGUCGGAAUUCGUCGAGCAAAGAGGGGAAUUGGAGGUGGACCUGAGUCAUCUUCAGGGUGGAAUCCAACGGGUGGGAAUUGUACCAUGCCAUAUGGUGGAUACUCUGCGUUUUUGAGGGAGGAUGAGAACAAGCUAAUGAGAAAUGGCAAUGGGAAUGGCUCGAAUUCGAAUGGAACCGCAACACUUGCUUCAAAUGGACAGCCCUUUGAGGUUGUUUACUACCCUCGAGCAAGUACCCCAGAGUUCUGUGUGAAAGCCUCUUUGGUAAAAGCAGCAUUGCAGAUCCGGUGGUGUCCCGGAAUGAGAUUCAAGAUGGCUUUUGAAACUGAGGAUUCUUCCCGGAUAAGUUGGUUCAUGGGAACUAUAUCCUCUGUUCAGUUGGCUGAGCCUUUGCGCUGGCCUGAGUCACCUUGGAGGCUUCUCCAGGUUACCUGGGAUGAACCUGAUUUACUUCAAAAUGUGAAGCGUGUUAGCCCAUGGUUGGUAGAACUGGUAUCAAAUAUGCCCGCCAUCCAUCUGACACCCUUCUCACCACCAAGGAAGAAGAUGAGACUGCCUCAACACCCUGAUUUCCCAUUUGAAGGCCAACUUCCUAUGCCGACAUUCUCCGGCAACCUCCUUGGACCCAGCAGCCCCUUUGGUUGUCUGCCCGACAAAACUCCUGCUGGCAUGCAGGGAGCCAGGCAUGGUCAUUAUGGUCUAUCCUUAUCAGAUAUGCACCUCAAUAAACUGCAGACAGGUCUAUUUCCGGCUGGUUUCACGCCUCUUGAUCAUGCUGCUACAGCAACUAAAUUCUCCAAUAACACAAUGACUCAAAAACCUACCAUGAGCGAGAAUGUUUCUUGUUUGUUGACGAUGGCACAUUCUACCCAGACUUCAAAGAAACCUGAUGAUGUAAAGCCACCGCAGCUUGUACUCUUUGGUAAACCAAUACUUACUGAGCAGCAGAUUUCUCUGAGCUGCUCUGGUGAUACAGUCUCACCAGUUCUUACUGGAAAUAGUUCAUCGGAUGGGAAUGCGGAUAAAACCGCUAAUCUUUCUGAUAAUUCUGGAUCUGCACUUCACCAACAAAGCCUACAAGAGCGCUCAUAUUGUGAAGGUUUCCAAUGGUAUAAGGAUACUCGGCAAGAAACUGAAUCGAGUUUGGAAACUGGUCACUGUAAAGUCUUCAUGGAAUCAGAAGAUGUAGGUCGCACUCUUGACCUUUCAGUGUUUGGAUCUUACGAUGAAUUGUAUAGGAAACUGGCCGACAUGUUUGGCAUAGAAAAUUCUGAGACGCUGAACCAUGUGCUCUAUCGAGAUGCUACUGGUGCAGUCAAACACAUCGGAGAUGAACCACUCAGUGACUUCAUGAAAACAGCAAGGAGAUUGACGAUUCUAAUGGAUUCAGGCAGCAACAAUGUAGGAAUGUAA